CUCGCGCUUGGAAUGACUUGGAGGACGCGCAUCCAGAGGAUCUUUAACAUGUGAUGAGAUAGUUCAACUGCUGAAACACAUAUCAAGGUUUGGCGAUGCAGUGUUUGCGUGGCUAGUGCUUGACAACAAGCCAACGUUUCAUUUUGGAUACUUUGGAUACUUCUCUCUCGGUUUCAUCAAGCGCUUUUCACUCAGAUCGGAGUCCAGAGAAUUUUUAGUGAUGGCAUUUGCCAUGCUACGGCCCAUGGCGACUCAUCGAGCGUACCCGGAUGUUGCCAUGAUGUCCGAGGAUGAGGAGAACCGCAGCGAGAGCGACGGCAGCUCGGAGCAGAGCUACGGCUGCUGUCCAAGCGCGGAGAAGCGGCGGCAGAUGUCCACGGUGAGCAGUGUGGUGAUAGUAAAGCAACGGAACGCAGCCAACGCGCGGGAACGCGACAGGACGCAGAGCGUCAACACUGCUUUCACGGCGUUACGGACUCUUAUUCCCACCGAGCCGGUGGACAGAAAGCUGUCAAAAAUUGAGACUCUGCGCUUAGCCUCCAGUUACAUCUCACAUCUGGCCAAUGUGCUCCUGAUAGGGGACGGAGGAGAGGACGCGCAGCCGUGCGUGAGCGCGGUUUACAGCGCGCAGGGGGACAGCGGAGGAAAGCAGCCGCGCACCAUAUGUACUUUUUGCCUCAGCAGCCAGAGAAAAGGGAUAAAGGACGGGACUGACUGUGUCCGUAUGCGGGGUAUCACGUCAUUGCGCGUGACACGCCGGUAGCAGCGGCAGCGGCGCGUGAGAUAAAGCCGCAACUCAGGGAGCGCGAGAGGUGAGCGAGACUCCUCGCGACGGAGAUUAUCGGGAGACUCGCCAUUCAAACAAGAGUUAAUUUUGAGUUUUCUGUACCUUUUCCUUGUGUGAUUUGUAUAAAGAUAUGAACAUUUUAAAUGCAGUGCAUACUUUUUUUUCUUUUUCUUUUUCUUUUUUGUUAAAGAGAAUUUAUACAUUUUAUACACAAAUUGUGAAAUCACCAUGGUGAAAUAAAAUAUAUAUUUUUUCAAAUUUCAAAUGUCCUCCGUCAGUUAUGCGUGGAUGGCACAUAAAAAUGUUUCGUGUUGAAAAGAGUUUUCUUUAAAAUGAA